AUCUUCUUACUUCCGCUAGUGGCUCCUGCUGCUGCCAUCGUUUGAUGCUAAUCCAGUGAAUAUUUUCUCUUGUCGAUGGCGAACAGAACCGUUAAAGAUGCGAACAGCAUACACGGGACCAACCCGCAGUAUCUGGUGGAGAAAAUCAUCCGAACUCGGAUCUAUGAAUCUAAAUACUGGAAGGAGGAGUGCUUCGGUUUGACCGCUGAGCUGGUGGUCGACAAAGCCAUGGAGCUGAAGUACGUGGGUGGAGUUUACGGUGGAAACAUCAAGCCCGCUCCUUUCCUCUGUCUCUCCCUGAAGAUGCUGCAGAUUCAACCAGAAAAAGACAUCAUCGUCGAGUUCAUCAAAAAUGAGGAUUUCAAAUAUGUUCGUUUACUUGGAGCGAUGUACAUGAGGUUAACGGGCACUGCAGUGGACUGCUACAAAUACCUGGAGCCGCUGUACAACGACUACAGGAAAAUCAAGACUCAGAACAGAAACGGAGAGUUUGAGUUGAUGCACGUGGAUGAGUUCGUCGACGAGCUGCUUCAUGCAGAGAGGAUGUGUGACAUCAUUCUGCCCAGGCUUCAGAAGAGACACGUCCUGGAGGAGGCCGAGAUGUUAGACACUCGGAUCAGCGCUCUGGAAGAGGAUCUGGAUGAAGUGGAGACCAGUGAGGAAGAAGACGAGGAAGAGGAGAAGCCGGAGAGACUCCAGACCCCCGAACCUCACAGACGCAGUUAUCGAGACAACGACAGACCCCGUCGCUCUCCAUCCCCUCGUUACAGACGCAGCCGCUCACCCAGACGGAGGAGCAGAUCUCCAAAGAGGCGAAGCCCGUCGCCACGGAGAGACCGCCAUCGCAGCAAGAGCCCCCGCCGACAUCGCAGUCGUUCCAGAGAAAGACGCCACCGCUCCAAAUCUCCAGGUCACAACAGAAGCCGCAGACAUCGGAGUCACUCAAAGUCCCCGGAGAGGAGCUCAAAAAAGAGUCACAAGAAGAGUCGAAGAGGAAACGAGUGAUUCCGUUUUUUGUAUCUUUUCACCUCCAGACUGUCAGACAUUUUUUUAUUUUUUAUCUUAUUUUGAAGGUUAAUUUACAUUAUUAGAUAUUGAAGCUUUGAGAACGAGCUAAAGCCUUCAGGUUUCUGUACAGAUUAAAUCCCUCCCUCCAUCUGUAACCUGCCCGCCCUGUGCUGCAGUACGCCUUCUGAGAGAGAAAAAGCUCAGAAAAUCCCCCCGGCUUCACACCCUCCUGCCCCUUAUCGACACCUUUUUGAUAUGUGUGGAUGUAAAAAGUGUUUCUGUACGUUUAAAAAAAAGUGUCACGCCCAGAAAUAAAGACCCUGAUUCUUUA